AUGGCCGACGGUUUUUGGUUAUUUGAAGGGUUGGAAGAAGAACCGUAUGGUCUUUUGCCACUUGCAAAUCUUGCUGGAAAAGGUGGACCAACCAGUACUAAAUACGUCGAUCGACUUGGCAGCUACCAAUGGCUUCUCACCGAAGAGACCAGUACAAUUCUCGUUCCUGGAAUGCCAGUCGAGUCGUUUUUCUGGCCUGGUGGCAAGCUGCAGCAGGACCAUGGCGUUAUCAUCUAUGAUGUCAAUCAUCUCAGGGGUAAGCUUCUGACGUUUCCGCGACACUCGUUCACAAAAGUUGUGGUAGCAACUUCCCAGCAUGAAACAAGUGUCUGA